AUGGCAACGCUCGUCUCAAUAGAGACGUCGAUGGGAAUCUUUGUCCUUGAGCUGUACACGGAUCAUGCCCCAAAGGCCUGCGAGAACUUUUCCACCCUCGCUCGUCGUGGUUACUACAACAACACUCUGAUCCACCGCAUCAUCCCCUCCUUCAUGCUCCAGGCUGGCGACCCAACCGGGACUGGGCGCGGCGGGAGCUCGGUCUGGGGUGGACCUUUUGAGGAUGAGAUCCACACUGAGCUACGACACACCGGUGCUGGGAUCCUGUCAAUGGCAAAUUCAGGGAAGAACACUAACGGAUCGCAGUUCUUCGUCACCCUGGCUCCAACCCCAUGGUUGGAUGGAAAACAUACUAUCUUUGGAAGGGUAAGAAGUGGUAUGGGCGUGGUUAAGAGAUUAGGUCUCGUCGAGACGGGGGCGGAUGAUAGACCAGUCGAAAUCAUCAAGAUCAUCAGAGCACGGGUCAUGGAAGAUGCAGAAGGCAUAACAACCGAGAGAUGA